AUCCAAGAUCAAUGAUUUUAUUACAAGAAAUAUUAGAUAUUACUAAUGAUUCUUCUACUUAUGAUGCUUCCAGAUUCAAUAUUGAAAGUUCAUUAAAUGUAAGUACUAGUACUAAUUCUGAUACCAAGGUUAUAGAAGUAAAGAAG